AUGGCGUUCUGUAUCACGUUCGGAACACAUGAGUUCUCUUCUCAGCUUGAGGGCUAUGAGCAGGUCCGCGCAUACUGUUACAACUGCCAACAUUGGAACGGUCACUGCAUUACUAGAUGGCCAUUCUUCACUGUCUGUUUCAUUCCUGUGAUCCCGCUUGCUAUGCACAAGUAUAAGGAAGUUCAAUGUGGCACAUGUCGAUACACCCAAGACCUACGUGAUCGACCUGAUAUUACGCCUGAGACAAGACCUCCAGCAGGUAUGCAAUAUGGCAUCCAGCCGCCUCCUCAGGCCCAUGGAGGCUGGCAGCAACAGCCUGGUCAGCAACCUCCCCCUCAAGCACAGGGUGGUCUUGGAUACAAAUGA